AUGAUUAGACCGGCAAGCAUUGCGCUGACCCCUGGUAUCGCGAAGUCUUACAGCACGGACAGCUCCAACUUCAAGGACGUCUCUCCGUUUGCCAAUGAAAUUGAUCAAAUAUAUUUGACCAUUCUCAAUCAGCAAAAUAUAAUGAAAGAAAUCAAACAGUCGGAAAAGGAGUAUCCGAUCCUUCACGGGGAUAAGUUUGAACAAUUAUUUGAUCUUCAAACAGAUGCUUUAUCAAAAAUUGAAAAACUCAACACGGAAACCGCUCAACAAUACUUGGGCGACGGAGGGGAGAAUGCAAAUCGAACUUUUGCGGAGGAGGAAAUAGACAAGCUAAGAAAGGAGCUGGAUAGAACCGUGUCCCGAAUAAACAGAGACUUUCCCGGAAAAAAUUUGAGGCAGAAAGCCGGUGAAGGCUUACAAUUGGUUCGACCAUUCCAUGAAACAAUUGGCAACCUACACGAAUUACGUGCAAGGUUGAACCAAACCGCCUCACCGAUUCCCGAAAAAAAUUUAAAAUUUAUCGCCGACCAGUUGGUCGAAAUAGUGGACUCCGUUGAAAGACGGCUCGAGAAGAUUAUCCUUCAUCAACGAAAUGAUUUAUCAAAAGAUUUUCUCAAGAACGCCAAUGAAGAAUUGAACGUGCAAAG